UCCCAUGUCCAUCUGUCCGUCUGUCCCUCCCAGGCCUGCCGCCAUUUCAACGACAGCGGCUCGUGUGUCCCGCUGUGCCCGCAGCCGCUCAUCUACAACAAGCUCACCUUCCAGCUGGAGCCCAACCCCGACACCAAGUACCAGUACGGGGGGGUCUGCGUGCGGGAGUGCCCCCACAAUUUCGUGGUGGAUCAGAGCUCGUGUGUGCGCGCCUGCCCCAACGACAAGAUGGAAGUGGAGAAGAACGGGCUGAAGAUCUGCGAGCCCUGCGCGGGGCUGUGCCCCAAAGCCUGCGAGGGCACCGGAGCCGGCAGCAAAUACCAGACCGUGGAUUCCAGCAACAUCGACACCUUCAUCAACUGCACCAAGAUCCUGGGCAACCUCGACUUCCUCAUCACGGGCCUGGAGGGGGACCCCUGGCGCAACAUCUCAGCUCUGGACCCGGAGAAGCUGAACGUGUUCCGGACCGUGCGGGAGAUCACGGGGUACCUGAACAUCCAGUCCUGGCCCAAGCACAUGCACAACUUCAGCGUCUUCUCCAACCUCGAAACCAUCGGGGGACGGAGCCUCUACAA